UUGGGAGGUUUUUCUGGAUGUCGGGCUGUGACGUACAGCGGGAGUUCAUCCCCCAGCAGGGUCUCCCAAGCUGAGGAUGAGUCUGGCGUCUCCAUCAGGAAGCCCAGCAUUCUGCACAGAUUGGUUGCUAGAGUUGCGAUGACGUGCUACCUCAAUAGCCUGGUGCAAUCACUGUAUAUGACUCCAGAGUUUAGGAAUGCGAUUUAUAACGGAAAGUUCGGUAACAUUGCUGAACGGGAAACACGAAGCAUUCCUUAUCAAAUACAAAAGCUGUUUUUACUCUUGCAAACAAGUGAGCUGGGUUCACUUGAAACCAGAGAUCUAACGGCUAGCUUUGGGUGGUCCAAUAACGAAGCGUACGACCAGCACGACGUGCAGGAAUUAUGUCGGCUUAUGUUUGAUGCUUUAGAGCUGAAGUGGAGAGGCACUCAAAAUGAGAAACUCAUAGAAAAUUUGUAUAGAGGGAAGAUGCAGGAUUUUGUGAAAUGCUUCAAAUGUGGUCGGGAGAAUGUGCGACCAGAUGUGUUCCUCGAUCUACCUCUUGCCGUAAAGCCUUUCGGAGCAAUGGAAGCUUUUCGCAGCGUUGAGGAGGCUCUUCAAGCUUUCAUAACUCCUGAGCUUCUAGAUGGAAGCAAUCAAUAUUUUUGUGAGAAUUGCAAUUCGAAAGAGGAUGCUCACAAGGGUUUGCGUGUUACGGAAUUUCCUUAUCUCCUCACCAUCCAACUGAAGCGUUUCGAUUUUGAUUAUAAUACAAUGCACAGGAUAAAGCUAAAUGAUAGGGUGACGUUCCCAGAUGUUUUGGAUUUGAACCCAUUUGUUUAUUCACCGAAUACGGACGCAGUUGACGUUGACAGAGACAAACGUUUAUGCGGAAGGGCUUGGAUUUGUUCAGAAGUAGUUAUGGCUGGACAGCAGAUAGAUCGUGCUCUAGUGAAUCAGCUAUUGAAACGAGGGGAGUACGUCUACGAACUGUUUUCGGUAAUGGUCCAUCAGGGAAGCGCCGCAGGAGGGCAUUAUUUCGCGCACAUCAAAAAUAUGGAUCAAGGUCAAUGGUAUUGUUUCAACGACACUCGUGUUGAGUCAGUGAGUCCCGAAGAAAUUUCAAAAAGCUUCGGUGGCUCGUAUGGCGGUUGGUCUACAAGUAAUACGAAUGCGUACAUGCUUAUGUAUAGAAAGGUACUAUUUAAUCGUAAAGUUUUGACCAAUAACGAAAUAGAGAAUGUGCAGAAUGAUGUUGCAGAUAAAAACUUAAGUGUUCUAUGGUCUCGACUACUUUUUUUCUCAGUUUUGCAGCUAGACGUUGACUCUCGACUACCAUUUGGAAAGUUUAAAGCGUGGCUAGGGCAGAAACUAAGCAUCGAUCCAGCACAGUUUGUUGUUGUGAAACACUACAAAGAAGAUGAUAAAGGUUACGAGUGUAACAGCAAAGACGACGAAAACGUGAGAAGCGCCUUCGAUAAUGUGUUUAAGAUCGGCAUAAAAUUGAGACCGCCUCUGAGAGAGGAUGAGAAACUCAUUCGUAUUGUGCAGUUCGAUUUGGAGGAGCUAAAUCGAGAAAAUUGGAAAGUUCUUUUCGAAUGUGCGGCUUCAAAGGAAACCACUGUUAGAGAUUUGAUGUUGCAAUGUAUACACCUUUACGCUGGAACAUAUGGUCAACAGCUGCAGUUCAAUCAGAUUCGUCUCCGAGAAAUGCCUUCGCUAAAUCAUCCCAUGAAGGCCGUUUUAGAUCCCGCUGACACUCUCGACUGUCGUGGCGCUCAGUGGUCGAACAACAUCUAUUUCCAAAUAAUAACAGACGAACACCUUAUCGGCGCGCCAGGUGUGCCUGUGUUAGUGCGUCGAUUCCGACCAUCGACCGUAGAAGUGUCUAAUAUACAGGAAGUUCUUGUUGAUCCAGACGCUACCAGUCAAAUGGAAUCACUCGCUUAUGGCGUUUCAUCGCUUUCGGGUAUUCCUGUAGAAAGGCUCGCUUUCACUGAGAUUGGCAGUUCUUGGGAGAAAUGGCCGUUUGCAUUGAGUCGGCUUGCGAUGCUGGAUGGUUCUGUAAAAUUCUUCGAACAUCCGUCUUAUGCACCUAAUGACGUCAUCGAUCGUGUUGGGGGGAGAGUGAUAUAUUACCGGGAUAUUGCCGAAGUUCCAAAGCAGUUGUCAAUUGAGGAUCGCAAGCAGAUCCAAAUCAAGGAACAUGGACAGAGUAUGUCCGCUGUGGCUCGUCGCAGAGAGCGACCACUGCGGAUUCAAAUGAGUAGCAUAAGUGAACCCUAA